AUGUGGUUUAUCUUUUUAAUUGCUUUAGGAGUAGGUUUGAAUUGUCCAUAAGUGUUUUAUUUAAGCAACAUUUAAGAAUAAGCUAAUAUAAUCACAUAUUAGAGUGAUUAUAAUUAUAUAAUGGCAUCUGUUUAAAAUGCAAUAGUUUUUAUUUAAGCAGAAUCAGGAACAUUAAGAUAACUAAAACCAAGUAAGUUAAUAUAAGUAACCAGUUGAUGGAUAGAGCGUAACCUUUCUGUAGACACAACAGGGAUAUUUAUUUGUAGGGAAAACAAAUCAAUUACAAAUUUAUAGUUUAGAUGAAGAUAAUCCAAUACAAGGGUAGUUAUCAUUUUUAGGAAAUAUUAACUAUUUAUAAUAUGUAAAUGAUGUAAUCAGUAUUUCAACAGAUCAAAGUGAGGCUCUAAUUUGGAAUAUGGCACAAAAUAAUAUUUUAGGAAGAACAAAAUGUAAGAGAUUCUAUAUAUUAGAAAUUUAGCAUAAUCUUUAUAGAAUAUAUUAAUAAAUUAUCAAGUUUAGAUUGACUAAUAUGCAGAUAAUAUCUUAAUUGGAAUAACUAGUGCUGGAACAUAUCAAUUAGAGUAUUACUCAUUAUAUAUGUAAUAAUUCUUAAAUAGUUUCAUAUUAACUUAAUUUGAUUUAAGUCAAAUGAUAUCAAUCCAAUAAGAUUAAGAUAAUAUUAAUACUUAUUUAUAUGCUGUAUCAUCAACAACUUUAACUAUCUAUAAGAUUAAUAAUAAUGCAUAGACAAUUACAAUUACAAAUCAAAUUAUUAAUAUAGGAAUUAUUCCUAUUACUAUGUAUUUAAUUUAAGAUGAAAUCAUCUUUUUAUCUGCUAAUUGUUAGUUUCAGAAAUAUAAUAUAAAAUAAAAUAGUUUAGGAAUUGUAACUUAAUGGAUUUAAGUAUCAUAAUGUCCAAAUAAUAUUAAAUAACUUUUAUUAAAUUAUGAUGAUUUAAUAAUUAUUAUAUUAAUUAAUAAUCCUAUUGAUGGAUCAGAAAUGAUUUAAUUAUAUUAAGUGGAUUAAAAUCUUAUUGGUACUAAAAUUAGAUCAUUUUAUUAUUCAACUUAAAGUAUUAGUGCAUCAUAUAUAUUAAAAUCAUAAUAUGUAUUAUAAGUUGGUUAAACUAAUAGUAACAUUUAAAUAUUUAAUUAAUGGUUUUAAUUAUAAUAAAUAAUCAUAAUCAAUAAUAAUAAUUAUCCUGCAUUAUAAAUAAUUUAAUCUGAUAUUAUUUUGAUUCUUUAUUCAAAUGGUUUAGUAAUAACAUUAUCAGAAACAUCAUUCACAUGUCAAUUUACUUAAUAUCAAUGUUAUACAUAUAAUUUAUAAGAUUCAUUUCAAUAAUAGAAUGUUGCAACAUAUACUAAUUAAAUGAUCUAAUAAUUUCAAUAUAAUAAUAUUAUUUAUGUUGCUUAUGCUUUGAAUUAAAUAGUAAGUUUUUAUAGUUUUACAAACAAUAUAUUUAGUACUACUAUAACAAACUAAUAGGAUCUAUUGAAUAAUAUUUUAUAAAUAGUUAUUACAGACAAUUCUAUUUAAUUUUUAUUAUCAAAUAAUUAUAUAAAUAGUUAUCCUUUUAGUAUAGCCAUUUAAUAAGAGAACAAUCCAAUUUCAAUUAAUUUGUAAUUGCAGAAUGUGAUAUAAAUUACAUAGGAUCAUACUUAUCAAGUGAUUACUAAUGGAUAAGCAAUUCAAAUAAGUUUACUAAGUGAUCCCUCAAAUUCUGCUGUAUUACAAUGUAAUUAUCUUCAUUUAUAAUCAAAGAACCAGGACGAUCAUACAAAUAAAUUUUAAUAUAUAACGAUUAUUUGUUAGUCUUAGAAUAGUAAUCAUAUACAUUGUCAUUUUAUUAAUUAACUAAUCUAAUAUAAUAAAUUGAUUAAACAGAUUAUGUGAUCAAAACAUAAUAUUUUAGUUAGUAUUUUAUUUUAAAUAAUAACUAUUUAAUUGUUUAGUUUAAAUAUUAUAUAAUGACCUUAUAAUUAAAUGAAUAUUUUUAAACAGGUUAAAGUGGUUUAGAAUGUGUAUUCACUUAAACUUAUAGUAGUAAUAGCAAUGUAUUAUCAUUUAUUAAUACUUAAAUAUCAUUAACUAACUUUUAUAUUUUAUAUUAAACAUUAGAUAAUUUAUUGACUGUAAGAGGUACAAUUAAUAUCAAUAAAUAAAAUAUUGAUUGGGAUAGAAUUAUUAUUAAUUAAGGCAUUAAUUAAGAUGUUAAAUUAUAUUUUAUAGGAAUUUCUACAUCUUAAUCUAGUAUUAUCAUUAGGAAAAGUAUAGAAAAGUUUAAUUCAGUUAAUUUUUAAGAUCUUACUUUAAUUGUUCCAUUUUGUAAAUUGUAAUUAAGUAAUAUUGUAAUAAGUAAUAUUGUGAAUUGCUAAAUUAUUAAUUCAUAAUCUUAAUAAUGUCCUUAUUUUAUUAUGGAUAAUGUUUAUCAAUUUAUGCUUCAAAAUUUUAAAAUAAAUAAUUUUGAAAUGUCUUAACCAUUUAUUUAAUCAAACUUAGGAGCUAAUAUUCAAUUAAAUAAUAUUGAAAUAUCAAAUUCUAAAUUAUAUUAGUUGGUUUAAAUCACAGAUAAAACUUUAUUACUAUUAAAAACUAUUACUAUCUCUAAUUCAUAAUGUUCUUCAUCAGCAACCUCAAUUAAUUAAUUAUUUUAAUAUUAUUAACUUGAUGUUUAAGAUCUUACUAUUAAUGGAAAUCAAUUAUGUAGUACACUCUUUAAUAAUAUUCUUAUAGAAUCAUUAUAACCAAUCAUAAUUAAAUUUAAUAAUAUAGUUAUUUAAGACAAUAGUUUUUCAACUUAUUUAAAUGCAGCAAUUCUCAAUUAACAAUUAAGUAAUUUAUUCUAUUAAUCAGCAAUUACUUUAAAUACAAUCUAACUUUUUAAUAAUUAAUAUCAAUAAGUAAUCAAUUAUGCAUUUAAAUUUUCAUUUGGUAAAAGUAUUGAUGCAUCACAUUUGAUUUUUGAUAAUAGUUCUUUUCUUGUUUAAUCAUUUGAUACUAUUACAUUAAAUGAUUUUACAUUUUCAGUAUCAUCUUCAUUAAGUCUUGCUAUUUUUGAAAUACCCCAUAUUAUAAUAAACUAAGUUUACUUUGAUUAAGGAACUAUAUAUUAAAAUGGAUUAAUUACAAUAUCUAAUCAAAAUGAUUACGAUUGCACAUAAAUUAAUUCGUGUUUAAUUUAAAUUUCAUUAGUGAAUAUUUUAAACUUUAAAAUUAUUUCAGCUUCUUUGUUAAGUACAUGUUAUGGAAUUUUAAUUGAUCUUAAAAGUAAAUUUUAAGUUAGUUUAUCUUAAAUAUCAAUUACAAAUUUAUAAUUGAAAUAGACAGAUUAUAAUUUUAUAGUUUCAUCAACUGGUAUAUAUUUUUAAGGAUAUCAAUCCUAAUUAUAAAUUGAUUAAUCUGAUUUCAAUAAUAUUAAUUGUAGUACUAGUACAAGUUUAUUAGUUUUAAAUGCAUAGAUGAUAACAUUUAGUUUUUCUAAUGUAAAUUAUUUUAAUGCAACAGAUUCAACAUAUCAUGGAGUAUAAAAUAUAAUUGGUGGAGUAGCAUAAAUCUCUUGUACUAUAUUUUAAGUUUAAAAUAGUAAUUUCAAUUAGAUAUAUUCUUUUAGUGGUUCCAUUUUUUUAAUAUAGAUGUAUCACUCAUCUUCAUAUAAUCCUAAAAUUACCUUUACAAAUAACAAUAUUAAUAAUGUGUUUUCAUUUGGUAAUGGUGCAAUAUAUAUUGAUAAUACUUUGGAAAAUACAAUUAUCACUAUAUAAGCAAAUAAAAUAAAUUCAAUAUUCUCUUUAUAAGAAGGAGGCUUUUUAUUCUUUUAAAAAGAAGAAACAACUAAUUAUCCAUAUUUAAAUAUCACAAAUGUUGAUAUUUCUAAUAUUUCAAAUGUAUAACCUUACAAAUUUACAAAAUAAUUAAAUUUUUUAGAUAAUUCCUUCUCAAACAUUUAUUCUAAAAAUGGAUCUAUUCUAAAAAUUGAAUUAUUUAACAUAACAAUAAAGAAUAAUACAUUUUCAUAUAAUAAUUUAACAUAGACACCUUUAAUAUUUAAUCCUUAUUAAUUAACAUAAGGUUCAUUAUUUUAUCUAGAACAUUGUGUAUUUAGUGCAAUUUAAUUGAAUAUUAAGAAUAUAUAAUCAUUUUCUACUCAAGCUUAAGAAGGAUAGCUUAUUUAUACAAAUCAAACUUGGAUUUCAAUUUAAAAUAGCAACUUUUUUAAUAUUAUUACUAAGAAUUCACAAUUAUUAUAAUUAAUCACUUCUUAUCUUAAUAUAAAUGCACUUACUAUUUAAAAUAUUAGUCAAAUAGCUUAUAAAUUGAAUUAAAGUUUAAUUUAACUAUAAGAUUGUACAAUAUAUAUGUUAAAUCUAUAACUUAAGUAAUUAUCUUGUGAUCUUUCUAAUUGUUUGACAAGUGGGUUUUAUUUAAAGAAUACUUAUUCAUAUAUUAAAGGAGGAUCUUGUUAAGGAAAUAAGGGAAAUUUUGGUAGUUGUUUUUAUUUGACAUUAAAGGAAUAAUUUGUUUAAUUUGAGAAUGUUAGUAUGAUAAAUAAUUAUGCAUAAUUUGAUGGUGGAUCAAUUCUGGCAGAUUUAUAGAAUGUAUCUAAUAUGAAACUUGUAAAUUGUACAUUCUCUUCAAAUGUUGUUUUAGGUUCUGGUGGAGGUUUAUAUAUAAAUUCAUUUAAUAAAUAAUUUUAAUUAUCUGAGGUGUUAGAUAUUCCAGUUAUUACUAUAAUUUAAUGUUAUUUUGUAAAUAAUAUAGCAUAUAGAUAUGGAGGAGGAAUAAAAACUUAAGUAUUUUCACCAUUUCUAAUUGAUGUCUUCUAUUAUAAUAAUAGUGCAUUAGUAGAAGGAAGUGAUAUAAGUUCUUAUCCUUCUUCUUUAUUUUUAAGUGGUCCUUUAAUUAAUUAAGGAGUGAUACCAUAAGUAUAUGAUGAAGAUUUAUAACCAGCAGAUGGAUACUUUUUUAUAAAAGAUAUAAAUGAUAAUGAAUAUAUUAUAAGUAAUUUCAAGAGUGGAGACACUAUGAAUUCACCUUUAUAAUUAGUAUUGAAAUCAUCAAAUAAUUUAACUAUGUACAAUGAAGAGUCUUAUUUAAAGAUCUUUCAAACUAAUAAUUAAAAUUAUUCAUUAUCCAUUUCCAAUUCUGAUAGUCAAGUAAAAUUUAAUUAAACUGGAUUCUUUUUAGAUGGACUUACACUUAUUGGAAUUCCUAGUACUGAAUUCACUUAUUAUUUAACAUCAGAUGAAAUUAAAUCAACAAACUAAUACAAUUAUUAUUAUACAAAUAAUUAUAAUUAUACUUUGAAAGUCAUUUUUCGUAAAUGUUUAUAUGGAGAAAUUAAAUAGAGUUUUGAUAGCCAAACCAUUUGUUAUAAAUGUCCUUAAGGCUUUUAUUCAUUUAGUAUCCCUACAGAUGAAGACCCUGGAUAAUGUUAAGUAUGUCCACUUAUAUCAACAUAUCAUAUUUAAUGUUAUGGAGGAGCUGAAACUAAUUUAGAAUCCAAUUAUUGGAGAGAGAAUGUCACUACAUUAGAGAUAUAUAAAUGUGAUCCUUAAUUUAGUAAUUGUUUAGGUGGUGUCUCUUAAUCUUAAUGUGGUAUAGGAUAUAUGGGUAGAAUGUGUUAAUCUUGUGAUUAUAAUGACAAUUAUGCUAGAGAUACAAGAUCUUCUUGUGUAGUUUGUACUUAAGUAGAAUGGCCAUUAGUUAUUAUAUUACUUACAAGUAUUGGAGUUCUUAUAUAUUUUACUAUGUCCAUAUUCUUUUUAGCUUAAGAUGUUGUUAUCUUAUGUGUAUUACCAUGUUUAAAUUAAUUAUUACCACCUUUAAAAAAAAUAGGAUCUAAUUUAGGAUAGGUCAAAGAUUUAAAUUCAUUAAUGAAAAUAUUCUUAGCUUAUUAUUAAAAGACAUCUUUAGUAACUAAAAUUGUUGUUAAUAUACCUUCUUAAUUAUAAGAUUCUUAAGAUCCUUCAAUUUUUGAUUUCUCUUUAGAAUGUCCUAUGAUUAAUGUUAAUAAUUACAUUCCUAUGGUUUAUGUUAAUUACAUUAUUGAAGUGUUAAAACCAAUAUCAUCAAUGUUAUUUUUCAUGUUUAUAUGGACAAUCCUAUUUAGAAAUUAAAAAAUUAAACGAGGAAUUUAUUACACUGCUACAUGGUUAGUCAUUUGGCUCUUUUAUUUACCAAGUUUUUAUGAAAAAACACUUUAAUUAUUAAAUUGUAAAGAUAUUGGAAAUAACAGAUAUCUUAAACCUGAUUUAAAUCAAGAUUGUUAUGGUACUUAACAUUUCUUUUAUACUCUUUUUAUAUCUAUACCUUGUCUAUUUUUUUUUGUUAUUUAUAUUCCAUGUAUGCUCUUAUAUCAUAUUAGAAAUGAUAUGAGAAAGAAAGAUAAGAGACCACUCAGAAAAUACAAAUAUUAUUACAUAAAUGGUGAAUUUAGAGAAAAGUAUUAUUAUUGGGAAUUUGUGAGAUUAUUAGAGAAAAUACUUAUUUAAACUGCUAUUGAAAUCUUUUUUUAUGAUAAUAUUUAUAUGGCUGAAUCAUGUUUAAUAAUAGUUUUGAUUUAUGGAAUUGCAUCAUUUGUUACAUAACCUUAUGGCUAUAAAAGAUAAAAUUUUAUUAAUGUAAUUUCUAGUUUCACUGCUUUUGGAACUAUUUAUAUAGCUUUAGUCAUAGCAUCUCUUAAGAAUCAAUUUACUGAUCCUAAUGAACCUAUCAUUAUAUUUUUUGAAGUAAUAUUGGCAGCUAUAAAUGCAGUUUAUGCUUUAUGGAUGAGUUGGAAAUUAUUUAUUGUUCUAAUGCCAGUUUUGUUUGUCAAUAUUGAAUAAAUUUAAAGAGUAAUUUAUUAUUAUAAAUUAUUAGAAAUUAUCAAAUAUUAAAUAUUUAAGAAAAUUCUUUUUAGGUGAAAGAUUAAGAGCUAAAUUAUUAUUUAAAUAAAUAGGUUAGAAAGUUAUUGUGAUCAAUUUAAUUAAGAAACAUGCUAUGAUGAGAUAUUUGAAAAAAGAAUAAAAGGAAAAAUAAUUAAUCGAAAUAGUAAUUAUUUUAUUCAUUUUAUUAUAGGAAGAAAAAAUAAGAAAUAGAAAAUAAACAGCAGCUUAAGAAGCAUUAAAUUACAUUUUAAGAAAUAAUUUAUAAUCAGAAAUAAUACAAUUAAAAGAUAAUAACAAUGUUGAUCAACAAUAUGUAGAAUUAUAAGAUAAUUCAAAAUUAUGA